AUGGCAUCUAUAAAUCUCGUUUACACACAACUUAGUGCACAGCAAGCUUUGCUUCAAGCGCAAGCCAACCAAUCCGCAUUUGUUACUCCACCACAAAGAUCUGUGAGUACGUACACAACUCAGCAAGUCAAUGCAUGGAACUUGCGCCCAGAGAAGGGACCUGUGCCAAACAUCAGAAAACCAAGCGCGCACGACAUGCGCGACACUUAUGGCGAAACAGAAAGCAAUUACGUACAACACUCUCAAAGAAGGCCAAUUCAAAGCCGUUUGGGCGCGCACAACAUGAACGCUGAAUGGGACGAUGAAGAAGAAGACCCGACGUACAAGGGGGAAAGCACAGUAUUCAGCAAAUUGCACCCAGAUCAUGAAGCAUACAAACCGCCCAAGCGCGCAUGGUACAACCCAAAAGCAGAACAUGACUACACCUUGAGCUAUUGUCCAGACGACAUGGUUGAAAAUUCAAAAUUCAUCAAGGAAAUUGCCACAGCCGCCAUAGACAAAACAAAAUUGCCACACAACGUGGGCAAAUACAAUGGCUUGACAGGCCCCGAUGAUCACCUCCGGGUUUUUAAUGGCGCAGGAGCAACAGGUGGAUGGAAUCUGCCAACUUGGUGUCAUCUUUUCGCGCAAACAUUCGUCGGCGCAGCGCGCGUUUGGUUUGACAGCUUACCAGCAGGAAGGAUUAAAUCAUGGAUCGACUUUAGAGAAAAGUUCCUUGCGCACUUCUCCCAGCAACGUAGACACACCAGAGAUCCAACUGAUCCAACUGAUUGUUUGAACAUAUGGCGCAAUGACCACGAAAGCGUGGAAGAUUUCAUCACCAGAUACAACAAAGAAUGUCUGGAAAUUGGGGAUGUAGGCGAGAAGAUGAUGCGCGCGCACUUCAUGAGGGCAGUCAAAUGCGACGAUCUAAUCAAGCGAUUGACCGGUGAUGAUCACCGUCAACGCGGAUAUAACCAUAAUGACCGGCACAACAAAAAGGGCAGAGGCCAACAAUGGAAAGCGUCCGGUCAUAGAGAAAGAAGCCCAGCAAAAGAAGACGCGUGCCAUACAAUCAACCAGAUAGCCCACCGGAAAGAAGUAAAAAGAGAAAACAGGGAGAAACAGUGGACACCUCUAACAAAGACCCCUUCCGAGGUCUUGUCCACCGAAAAUCAUCAGUUCAAACCACCCCUGCAGAUGCGAAACAAAAGGGGUCAAGACCCAAACCUUUUCUGCGAAUUCCACAAGGACACGGGCCACUUAACCGAUGACUGCUUCAGCUUAAAGCAAGAAAUAGAAAGGGCCUUGAGAGACGGAAAGCUCACUCAUCUGAUAAAGGGUGGAAAGCGCGACUACCGCCAGAUUCAAAGAAGAGAAGAAGGGCCAGAUAACAAAAAGCUUCGGAAAUUAGAAACCCACAUGGUUCAAGGAGGGAGCACCGCAGACAUCAUAUAUGAACAAUGUUUUAAUCAAUUCGACCAAGAGGACAAGGCGCGCUUGGAACCAGUCGAUUACCCACUAACUGGUUUCUGCAAUGAAGCCGUCUUUCCUCUCGGCCAGAUAUCGUUCCCGGUGUUACUCUCGGACGGAAGAAAUUCAAGAACAGAAGAAGUCACGUUCAUGGUGUUGCCCGCACAUUCAAGACAUGAUAUCCUCUUGGGGAGAGAGUCUCAAGGAGACUUUAGUAUGAUUUGCUCUGUACCACAUUCAGUUGUGGGAUUCCCAACAGAAACAGGGAUAGCAAUAAUAUACGCAAGCAAAGAAGUCUUAGCAACAGAUGAAGUCAGACCUGCAAAGGCAAGUAAACCAGCACCAUGCACGGAAGCAGAAAAAUGGGUAUUGAACAGCGCUUACCCAGAACAGACCGUCACCUUGGGACCUGCAAUGUCCGAUCUAACGCGGGCGGCGCUAAAAAAGCUGUUGUUCGAAAACAUGGAUGUGUUCACCUGGACACCAGCUGACAUGGUGGGUGUUCCACGACACAUAGCAGAACACCAAUUAAAUUUCUCAGAAGAAGCAAAACCGGUGGUACAUGCCAAGCGCCACUUGGGAGACAUAAAACAUGAUGCCAUGAAAGAGCAGGUUAUGGAGCUAUUGAAUGCGGGUAUCAUCAGAGAAGUCAGAUACCAAACAUGGGUGGCGAGCCCAGUAAUGGUACAGAAACCAAACGCUAGUUGGAGAAUGUGUGUAGACUACAAGGAUCUGAACAAGGCAUGCCCGCGUGACUGUUACGCCUUACCAGACAUCGAUGAAAAGAUUGAUUCGCUAGCAACAUUCAGAUGGAAGUGCCUCCUUGACUGCUACAAGGGCUACCACCAGGUGCAGAUGGCCGUCCAAGACGAAGACAAAACCGCAUUCCGCACACCGUCAGGGCUAUACUGCUACACCAAAAUGCCUUUCGGUCUAAAGAAUGCAGGGGCGACCUACCAAAGACUGAUGAAUGAAACGUUCGAAGAUGCCAUCGGCAAGUAUAUCGAAGUGUAUAUGGACGACUUGGUGAUUAUGAGUAAAGAGGAAAGCAUGAUGCUGGUGAAUAUUCAGAAGACAUUCGAUACGCUGCGCGGCGUAAGUAUCAAGCUAAACCCGGCGAAAUGUUCUUUCGGCAUGGAAGAAGGAAAAUUCCUGGGUUUCAUUGUUAUGAAAGAUGGUUUCAAACUAAAUCCUGAGAAGGUACAAGCAAUCGAGAGAAUGCCGUCACCGUCAACCAUCAAAGAAAUGCAGAAGUUGGCAGGACGUCUGGCAGCACUAAACCGCUUCCUGGCCAAUCACGCAGCAAAGUCUUUCCCGUUUAUCAAAACACUACGUAACUUCAUGAAGAAAAGCCAGUUUCAAUGGACUCCGGAAUCCGAGAGCGCAUUCCGCGAGAUGAAAGAUUGCCUCAUCAGAUUGCCAACAUUGAUUGCACCAGUCAAGGGAGAACCUUUGGUAUUAUAUUUGUCAGCCUCCGACAGAGCAGUAGGAGCAUUUUUACUCGUUGAUCGACAAGGUGUCCAAACACCAGUUUACUAUGUGUCUCGUACCCUGACCGAUCCAGAAACCCGAUAUGCCAUAAUGGAGAAACUGGUGCUCGCACUGAUCCAUGCAUCAAGACGGCUACGCAGGUACUUUGCCAAUCACGUCAUUCACGUAUUAACAAACUACAAUAUUGGCAACAUCCUCGCAAGGCCAGAGAUUCCUGGGAGAUUAGCCAAGUGGGUAAUAGAACUGGGAGGCCAUAAUGUGGUUUUCAGGCUAAGACCAGCAAUCAAGGGCCAGGUGCUGGCCGACUUCAUGACAGAAGUGCCUGAUGACAAAGAUCGAGAGUGUAAAGCAAUGGAGAAAGCCGAAAAGCAGCAAGUAGAAGAACCAUGGCUACUAUACACAGACGGCGCGUCUAACGAAGACGGCGCAGGCGUAGGGCUUCGGUUGGUGAGCCCUGACAAACAUGAAUUCACGUACGCCAUACGGUUGGAUUUCAAAAGCACGAAUAACGAGGCCGAAUAUGAAGCUUUCCUUGCUGGUUUAAGAUUGGCAAUCAAAAUGGGAGUUAGACACAUCGAAGCGCAUGUAGACUCCAUGUUAGUGGCCGGGCAAAUCAAUGGGCAAUACGAGGCCAAAGGAGAUGUAAUGGCGCUCUACCUGAAUCAAGCAAAGACGUUGCUGCAAACCUUCUAUUCCUACAAGGUGCACCACAUCAACAGAAGCGAGAAUAAACCGGCAGACGCGCUAAGUAAACUCGCAUCUACAAGUUUUCAACACCUGGCAAAGGAUGUGCGCAUAGAAGUUUUGAGCAACCCAUCAGUUCCACUAAGGGAAGUAAGCGUCAUUCAGGUAGGAACAACGUCGUGGAUGACUCCGAUAAUCGCGUACCUUCAAUCUGGGAUACUACCAGAGAACAAAGCUGAAGCGAGGAAAAUCCAAUACAAGGCUGAACAUUAUCAGAUGGUUGAUGGAAUCUUAUACCGAAAGACAUACCUUGGGCCGUUGUUGAGAUGCGUCGACCCCGAAGACGCAAACUAUUUGAUCAGAGAAGUGCAUGAGGGAAUCUGCGGCAUACAUGCUGGACCAAGAAUGGUGGUAGCAAAGGUGAUGAACACCGGAUACUACUGGCCCGGGAUGCACUUAGACGCAGUAAAAGAAUUGAGAAAGUGCAGUGGGUGCCAGAGACAUGCUCCCAAAACAAUGCGCCCUAAGAAUGAAUUGGUACCAUUUACAACGGCGGGGCCUUUUCAACAGUGGGGAAUAGAUAUGGUUGGCCCCUUCCCAGAAGCCCCAGGCGCAGUAAAAUUCAUAAUAGUCGCAGUCGACUAUUUUACAAAAUGGGUAGAGGCGAAAGCACUUGCAUCAACCACAUCCACUGUCGCUAAAAGGUUCAUAUGGGAACAGAUCAUAUGCCGUUUCGGACUACCGUUAAGAAUCAUCACUGACAACGGGACGAACUUUGCUGCAGACGAUCUUCAACGAUGGUUCAAAGAAUUACACAUUGAGCACACCUUCUCCUUGGUUGCGCACCCACAGGGGAAGGGUCAAGUGGAAGCCGUUAACAAGAGCAUCAUUGACGGUAUCAAGGCAAGAUUGGGAGAGAAAAGAAGAGGCUGGGUUGACGAGCUGCCCAGCAUAUUAUGGGCCCACAGAACAAUGCCGAAAACAAGCAACGGGGAGACACCGUUUAGCUUAGUUUAUGGGCCCGAGGCACUGGAGAAGUACUACAACUCCAAAGUCCGAAUCUGCACCUUCAACCCAGGAGAUUAUGUCCUGAGAGACAACGAGGCUUCCAAUGCCGAAAAACCCGGAAAACUAGCUCCCAAGUGGGAAGGUCCGUAUGUUGUGGAUGCAGUACUUGGAAAGGGAGCCUAUAAGCUACACAUCAUUGACAACAAGGAGGUUCCAGGAACUUGGAACGCUCAACAAUUGAGAAAGUGCUAUAUGUAA